ACAGUGCUGUGUGCGUCGUGUAGUCGUCACGUAGACCGUCGUGUUCGCUGAUGGGUUGUUCAUAGGUUAAAUACGACAGUUGACGAUGUUUGUGCUUUGCCAACGACCAGCGCUUUCCGUGGUUUGUGUUUUAGGGAAAACCAUCUACCAUGACAAGGGAAUGCUUGUUAGAGGACAUUGGCUAAAGAUGCGGCAGUCAAUUCUCGAACAGCGACGUCAACAUUACGGCGUCAAAACUUACGCGGCUGACGUUCCACGCUUGAGGGUGGGCUUGUUCAAAACGAAACCGAUCUCAGCAGAAGCGAAAAAUAUGUCAACAUCGUUCUCCUCGAAAGAAUACUUGUUUCGUCAGCUGUUUGAUUUUAAGUCGUAUACCUACACCUAUUUGCUGGCUGAUAGUGCAUCAAGGGAGGCAAUCCUGAUUGACCCUGUGCUAGAGUUGGUGGACCGGGACGUGCAGAUAGUUAAGGACCUCCAGCUCAAUCUCAUCUAUGCAGUAAACACACAUGUUCAUGCCGAUCAUGUGACCGGGUCAGGUGAAAUCAAAAGAAGAUUGCCCAAGUGUCAAAGUGUUAUAGCAGAAGUGAGCGGUGCCAAGUCAGACAAGAAAAUUAAUGAUGGGGACCACAUUAAGUUUGGACAGUUUCAGAUAGAGUGUCGCAGCACUCCAGGACAUACAAAUGGUUGUAUGACAUACGUCUGGCAUGAGAAGGGAAUGGCAUUCACAGGUGAUGCUCUCCUUGUGCGAGGAUGUGGCCGCACAGACUUUCAGCAAGGAAAUGCUGGUACCUUGUAUGACUCGGUUCACUCGAAGAUUUUCACUUUGCCAGAUAACUUUGUGUUGUUUCCCGCCCAUGAUUACACAGGCCAGACAAUGACAACGGUGGAAGAGGAAAAACGGUGUAAUCUUCGAUUGAGGAGGAAGAGAGAGGAAUUUAUCAGAGUGAUGGGAGAACUCAAUCUGCCCUACCCAAAACAAAUUGAUCGAGCCCUACCUGCUAACAUGGCUUGUGGAGUGUUUGAGGUGCCAGAGAGCUGACGGCCCAAUGAAACAGCAAGUAGUACAGGAGCAGGGAGCAUAUGUAGUGCAAACAAGCAGUUUUUGUUUUUGGAGAAAGAUGUUUGUACAUAAUUUCUAGGUAUGUGGUAAUGUGUUUACAUCACCUGUUUGAUAAUAGAGAUUGAUUAGUGAGUUUUCACAGAGAGGGCUGGUUUUAGAGUUUGAUGAGUAAGUUUUCACUUAAAAGGCUGGUUUCAGAGUUUAAUGAGUAAGUUUUCACUUAGAAGGCUGGUUUCAGAGUUUGAUGAGUAAGUUUUCACUUAGAAGGCUUGUUUCAGAGUUGGAUGAGUCAGUUUUUACUGAGAAGGCUUGUAUCAGAAUUUGAUGAUUACGUUUUAACUCGGAAGCUGGUUCAACAGGUGAUGGAGCAAUUUCUUUUGGUGAUGCUUUAAUGUUAUCAAAACAUACUGUUUCCAGGAUCAAAAAAGGUUUGCUUGAGCUAGGCCCUCCAUAUUGGUGUCUUGGAUAGCAAGUUAAUGGUUACCUCCCUUUAUUGCACCUCUCCAGACAAGGUGUGUCUCUGAGGCACUAAUUAAUAUUUGCUACUGAUAUAUGCUUUAUUUUAGCAUCUACCUUAUGUUGUUUGAUCCUGUAAUGUGAAAUCAAAACGCAGCGUGUUACUUGAGAGCUAAAGUUUUUUCGAUGUGUGUCAAGUAUGACUGACUGUGAUGACAUAUUUUUAUGUUCUCAUACAUGUAUGAGCUUGAACAAAGAUUUAUUUUAAGAAGUGAGAUGAACGUAUGUCUAUCUAUAUCGAGAGCUAAAAAUCCUGUUCAUGCAAUGUAUAGUUUGCAUAAGAAAAAGAGCUAAAUUAGAACUGUUUUUUGAGAAAUGAAUACAUGUAUAUUUUUUUAAUACUAAAUAUAGAAUGUAUCAGAUAAUGUGGAGAAUGAUCAUGUUAUUGCUUAAUGGCUUGUUAAAUAUUUAUUUUAUUCAGCCUCCUUUCGUUUUAUGAUUUGUGUCACCAAGCAAUACAGUGAAGUGCCCACUGAUAUUGUGCCCCAAAAGCUCAACUGUUUUCCAUUAGGUUGAGAAUUUUUUUUUUUUUAUGUGCUCAUAUUUUUUUAUGUAAAUAUACUCAUAUUGGUUGAGCAUCUGUUGGUGCAGGUAGUACAGGAUAAAAAUGUUUCAGACUGAAGAGCUAUAAAACUCCCUGUAGGUAUACAGUUCUGUACACAGGCCUAUGCCUACAUGUACUGUAACACUUUCGUGUUAACACUACCUCUGCUUGUCUUGUGCUUACUUGGCACUUAUUACAUUGCAAGUGGUUUCGUUGUGAUUACUCCAGCACUGUUGUUUUAACACUACCUCUGCUUGUCUUGUGCUUACUUGGCACUUAUUACAUUGCAAGUGGUUUCGUUAUGAUUACUCCAGCACUGCUGUGGUAACAGUGCCUCUGAUUAUGUAGUGCUUAUUCGGCACGUGUUACAUUGCACCUAGUUUUGUUGUGAUUACUCCAGCACUGCUGUGUUAACAGUGCCUCCCAUUGUGUUGUGCUCCCUUGGCACUUGUUACAUUGCACCUGGUUUCGUUGUGAUUACUCCGGUGCUGUUGUGUUAACAGUGCUACUGAUUUUGUUUUGAUUACUCGGCACUUGUUACAUUAACACUACCUCAUAUAUCAUUGCAGGCCUGGGGUUAGUAAAUUCUAUUGAGCAGUUGUCUAGAGUGACUUUCUUGAUUGUGGUAACAAUGUGUUCUGAAGAAAUACCUUUGUCUUGAAAUGAUUCCUGUAUUAAUCUGUAAUGUUGUUGUAAUGUCGUCUGACAUUUUCUGACUUUUAGGCCAGAUAAAUAAUUUUUCUACCUUGCCUGUAUCAUCACAGAAGGUUACAUGAAGUGCACAUUAGGGGAACACUGUAGCUACAUACACAUGCUUAACCUGAUGUAAACUAUUUGUAGAAUGAUUGUCAUGGUCGUUUUCUUUGUCCAGGAAUAAAAUAAAC